AUGGCUUCGGACGACCCCAAACUUUCGUACUUCCGGAAAAACGUUGGAACGGACGGGCUGGCACGACGCAGCCGCAUGGGUCGGUCAUUGACGUUCGAAAGAAGAGACCACACCAUUAUUAGUGGUGUCAUGGGUCAACCCACGAAGUUAUCCAUCCGUACAGGUCUUUCGAACAACCCACAGGAUGCCGACAUGACGUUCCGAGACACAAGGCCGCUUCAGGGCAUCUUGCCUCGAAUCCACCACCCGCUGCCCCUAACCGAGACCCAGUCCCAACGACUGCUCAACGCCCUGAAGACCACAUUCCGCUCGAAGCUCGAUAAGGAAUACGGCUGGGAGUCCGAAACCACAACGCCGACCGCUCCUCCCAUUAGCAAUUCCGACCCCUCACCGCCGCCUCGCCCCCAACGGCCAACCGACCGACACCUAAAUGCCAUCCUCUCCAAUCCUCUCUUCGCCUACGAUCAUGCCAAGCCUGCGGCUGUUCCCCCGACAAGAAGGGACCCCAUGGACGUCUUCGACCAGGCAGUCGCCAAGGGCAUGAUGACCAGGAAAGCCGCCACCGGCUGCCUUGCCGCGAAGCGUCGUCAGAUUCUCAUGUUCAGCGACGUAUGCCUACAAACCGCCAUGGCCGACUCCGGGGCCGGCCGGCGUGUCGUCCAAUGGCUACGGACGUCUGGGGAAGAACGCAGCGGCCAGUUCCUCGGCGACAAGGCCCUGCUGGAGCAGCUCAUCCCGUACAUGGUGGUAGAAGGGCUGGAAGAGAUCGUAUGGGGCUGGGCAGACCGGCUGGCCCGGGAGUCCGACCAGCUGGGCCUCAAAGAAUCCCCCAAAGAACCUGCGCACAAGGUCCAGGGCGACCUCCUGUCCAUCCUCGUCGGCGCCAAAGCCACCAUCAUGAAAGAUAGGAGUCUGAACGGCGCCUACCAGGACCUCCUGCGCGCCCACGACACCUGGCGCUGGAAGCAGAACGUCUGGUACAUCCUCUUUUCUCCCUGGCGCGCCCUGUCGUGGCAUUCCACCAUGGAUGCCUGGGACAGGCCUCCCCCCUCCGAGGUCCUCUUCGACAAGUACCUCGCCCUCGAGCCCCAGACCCCGCGUCUCCGCACCGCUCUCCGUAUUGAUCGCCCGCAUCUCGACCUCCACCACCCGACUCGUCCGAGCCCUGAACGCGCACUUGGUUUCUUCCGUGACUUCAGCCUGGCAUUGAAGCAGCAGAUCCCGCCGCCGAAGUCUUAUGGCGGGUUUGCCGACCGUGUUUCCACCAUGGGCCUCGAUACCGCCAAAUACCUGUCUCAAUUGGGCCAGGACAAGGAUGCAGAAUGGGUCCUCAACCUCGUCCAGUCGCAUUUUCAAAGCGAUUCGGGUGACAGUUCCCGGUUACAGAUUGGCUGA